CCAUUGCUUGCAGACGGAGCCAGCCUCUUCCAGCACUUCCUGGACUCCUACCAAGUAAUGUUCUUCACGCUUUUUGCCCUGCUGGCUGGGACCGCUGUCAUGAUCAUAGCCUACCACACGAUCUGCGCGUCCCGGGAGCUCACCGUACCUCCAGCCCUCUCCCCCCGAGCCGGCCCUCACCACAGCCCCCACUAUUUCUCUGCCUCGUCGCCGAUGCCUUUCAACGCACUGCCUCCCAGCUGCCGAGCCAGCCCGCCGUCGGGGCUCUGGAGCCCCGCGUACAGGUCGCACUAGGCAGCAGGCCGGCCCUGCGCCCCUGCAUCCCUACGUCCCUGCGCCCCCGCCGUGGGGACAGCCCGCUCGGCCCCG